AUGGUCAAGCCGUCCCCGGAUUUCUCGAACUUGCCGACUGAGGUCCAUGAGAAGAUCUUCGACCACCUCGGCCGUGACCCCGCGGAUUUCGCGCGCUACGCACAGACGAACCGGAGAGUUUGGAAGGCCGGAGAAGCCUGCAAGACGAAGGCUUGGGACUGGACCGUCUUCUACUACGAUGGUCACGUGUUCGUCGAAAAGAAAAACGGACGCCACUUCACCCUGCAACUCCUGCCCACGCUCCGUCUCCUCCUGAAUGGCGCGCAAGUUGAGGAAUUGAACAUCUACUGCCAAUGGGCCCCCAUGCCCAACAUCACGGCCAAGCGGGUCUCCUUCCAGGGCCAAUUGCAACUUCCCCCACUUCACGAUCUCCUGAAGAGCCUCAAGCCCACAAAGUUGGACUUUGAAAGCGUGGAUUUUGGCUGGCAGAAACUGACGAUGGAAGCAGUGGAGCUGCUGAACAGCCAUGCCAUGAAGGUGUCAUUUGGACUUCCGCGGGAUGAGUUCGACCUUGACGUCUUUGGUCGGCUGAUUCAUGGCUCCAUGGUGGUGAAGCCAAUUUGGGGACGGAUGGGCAGGGAGCAGGCGGUCAGGCUGGCGGAGCGUGUCAUCGACGACUGGCAGGCCAGGAAGCGGCCCGUUCACCUGGUCCAAUUCUCCCUCACUAACAUGUACACCCUCCGCUUCGACAAUUGGCUAUAUCGCUUCACCCCGAGGUACAUCUCCACCCCCACGAGGCUGUGCGCCCACAUGGAAAACAAGCUGGGCGGACUGUGGCUGACCACCCCGAUGCAGGAUUGGUAUGGAGAUAUGACCCAAAUUCGGGCCUACGAAUUCGAAGAGGAGGACGAGUAUGAUGAGUUUGUUGAUGAUGAAGAGGACGAAGAAGCUUCCUCGGAUGAGGAAUCUGCCCACGAUGGUUCAGCGGCGGAUGAUGAGGCUUCGGACGUGGAAGUGGGGGACAAGGUGGAGGCGACUGAUUGCCUGGUCUCU